GAAACCUCUUCACAAAGAAAUAAAAAAAAUCGAAAAGAAAAAGUUCCAGCCAUGUUCACACGCAAGCUAGAACGCAUGUAUCACCCGCCGGCGAAUUUGGAUCGCUACGACAAUGAGGAAUAUAUGAAAAAUCCCUUGCUUAAGUUUCAUCUCUCAAAAGUCUAUGAGAGACGGCAUCACACCUUCCUGAAGUACCGGGCGGCAGAGGUGAAAAUGAAAUUGGCCCGUCAACGCUUGCCUCCCGAGCGAGAUAUACGCUAUCUACCCGAAUCUCAUUAUGUCAAUAAUUUACGAAGAUCUGUACGACAAAUUGAGGUUCCAAAAAUGUUGACACGAACAGAGCGAAAAAUCCUAAGCUAUGCCCCAUUGCGGCUGAAGCAGAAACUACCAAAUCUGGUGAAGUUGUACAUGAAAGAUGUCCAUGAUGAGUUCGAUCGGCUGAUGAAAAUAUAUAGUAUGAAAAAGAUUUUGGUGAAGCCGGAAUUGCCUCACGAAGAUCCGGCAGAUUUUGAAUUACCCAAAGCGGAUUUUCGUUUUACGUUGCCAGGGAAAACGGAAAAUUAUCAAAAAUAUGUGCUGAAUCGUAAGAGGAUUGGGCAGAGAUUGUUGAUUUUGAAAUUACCGGUGAGAUUUGUUUUGAAUUCCACGGAAAUGGAAUUUCCGGAAUAUUUGGUGGUUUUCGAGCCGCUGCAAAUUACCGUGGGCCAGGCAGCUGCAGUUCAAAUGGGCCUGGGCCAAAGGGAAUGUAUUUCCCACAAGGCUUUGCUGAAAUAUUGCCGUACAUCGCUGGAUAAUUACAACACAUUUCUGCGUUGGACCUGGUAUCCCAAGGUGAUCAAUACCCUGCGCCGAAUGCACCGGAAACGUGUGGCCACACCCAAAAUGUGGCCCAGCAUAUUCCUCUGCAUUGAGGGUCUCAUCAACCGGCAAAUGAAUAAUCUCAAGCAACGAACGCUCAACGAAUUGCUGAGGAUAUGUUCGGAGGGUCAAACGAUACCCAUGUUACGACUCAAUUUAAUCUGCUACGACGAAGGUGAUGGCAUAGAUAUCAGUCCCAGUUUGGAAGAGAUUCAAGAUACCUAUGUUACGAUAGUUCGGGAAAUUGCCGAGGUGGGUAAUCGCAUGGAACCCAUACAGCCACAAAUUGAUCCGACCACUGUCAAUCAGGCUGCCGAAUAUUUGAGAAUAAAUCUCAACGAAAAUUAUCUGGGGGAAUUUGUGGAACGUCUGAAGCAGGCGAUCAGUCGCACCUAUCAACCCAUACAACAGUAUUUGAAAAAAUAUCAACGUAAAUACUAUGGUCUCUAUAGCCAGGCGGUGCGUGAGGACCUGGAUCGUUUCCUGGGCGAACCGAAGAAAUUUGAAGAAUAUUUUCGGAAAAUUGAUUCCUAUUUUGAGUACAUCAAUAUGUUGCGUAGCGAACCGAAACAGGACUAUUUCCUGCUGGCCAUAAUUAACAACGAACAAUGCAUUAAGCGUUUGCGCCAAGUUGCCGAUGGACUGAUUGCUCGGAUAACUUCGGAAAUUACCAAAGAACACAUAAAAACCGAAUUGGCCAUUUGUGCCGAGUUUGAGCAGAUCAAGGAGAGGGCCUUGGAAAUACCCAAAACCACCGAAGAACUCUUGGCCAGUUCGGAGUACAUGAUCUAUGUGAAAAAAGAGAAACUCUUCGAGCUACGCGAUCGCAUACAAUAUACCCUGCAGGUGGGCACCAAUCUGGUGGAACUUUGUGAAAUGUCCCAUUACCACUUCGAUCUGACAAUCAAGACCAUUAAUUGGUUGAAUGACAUCAAUGAGAUCUGCGACUAUAAUGCCUCACAGCAGGAAAACUACAAGUCCCUGUUCGAGGAACAUCUCCAGGAGGUGGUGAAAAAACUCAACGAGGACAUUGAGGAAAUGAUUCCCAAAAUGACCAUCAUUAAUGACAUGAGUGAUCCGCAGAAAUUCAAAUCCUACUACAUAAUGUUGCAGAAUUUCAUAGAUCAGCUGAAGACCUUUGAUGAUUAUGUGGCGUGGAUCAACAAGGAGGAGAAGUUGUUUAAGAUACCCCAAACUCAGUAUCCAACCAUGGAUGUACUGAAGACGUUCGUGUAUCCAUUUGCGACGCUGAUGAAGUUAUGUAUCAAUUGGUUGCGUUACUACAAUGUCUGGAUGGAUGGACCCUUUGAGUAUUUGGAGCCGAAAUUUGUGGAAUUCACCACCGACAAUUAUCUGAAGGAGUUUCAAAAAAAUCAAAAAUACUAUCGACAGAAAAUCAAGCAGGACCUUAUCGAUAAUCCUGUGUGUAAAUUUAAGGGCCAAACUGAAGACCCCGAUCCAAAUAAUCAUCCCGUACCGCUGCGGCUGUGCUCGAAAAUGAUUCAAUCAAUUAAGGAUUUCACGACGGGGGUUUUCAUUGUGAACAAUAUGUGCAAUCCGGCUUUGAGGAAACGCCAUUGGAAGGAAAUGUCCGAAAUUGCAGGAUUCGACAUUACACCCGAUGCCGGAACCACUUUGCGUAAAAUUUUAAAUUACAACUUGGAUUCGAAAUUGGAUCAAUUUGAAAUCAUCAGUAUUAGCGCGAAUAAGGAACUACAGCUGUGGAAUAGCCUGCAGGCCAUGAUUCACGAGUGGGAUGCAAGGGUGUUUCCCACGGGACCUUACAAGGAGACGGGGGUGCAAAUCCUCUCCAAUUUGGAUGAUAUUCAGGCGCUGCUGGAUGAUCAUAUUUUGAAAACACUUUCUAUGCGUGGCUCUGCCUUUAUGAAACCCUGCGAAACGGAGGUCCUGGCCUGGUAUGAGAAAAUCAAGCGGGUCAAUGAGACACUGGAUCAAUGGGGUAAGGUGCAGGCGAAUUUUUUGUAUCUACUGCCCAUAUUCUCAUCCAAGGAUAUUGUGGCUCAAAUGCCCGAGGAGGGCAGACUGUUUAAUAUUGUGGAGCAAACCUUUAGCCGGAAUAUGGCCAUGAUUUUGCGACAACCCCUCGUUAUGGAGACUGCACCGGCUCCGGGCCUUUUGGAAUCCCUUAUAAAGGCUGUGGAACUACUCGAUGACAUCACGAAUGGUGUGAAUAAUUAUUUGGAAAAGAAGCGUCUGUAUUUCCCCCGGUUUUUCUUUCUCUCCAACGAUGAGAUGUUGGAAAUUCUCUCCGAAACCAAGGAUCCCCUGAGGGUCCUGCCGCAUUUGAGCAAAUGCUUCGAGGGCAUUGAUAGCCUGGAAUUUGAUCAAGAGAAAAAUGUCUUGGCCAUGAUUAGUGCAGACAAAGAAGUGGUGAAAUUUGUGGAUGAGGUGUCUACAGCGGCGGCUGGUGGCAGUGUGGAGAAAUGGUUGCUGGGUGUGGAGGAGGAAAUGUUGAAGGCGGUACGUCAAGAAAUGGCCUGGUCCUAUAAAAAUUAUCCCACCUUGGAGAGAUAUGAAUGGGUGUUGAAUUGGCCGCAAAUGGUGGUGUUGUGUGUUUCCCAGAUCUACUGGGCCGGUAAUGUCCAUGGGAGCCUAAGGAAAUCAGCUUCGGAUCCCUUGGCCAUGCAGAAGUUUUUUGAGGAACUCAAUGGGGAUUUGAGACACAUUGUGGAUCUGGUAAGAUCCACGACGAUUAGCAAUUUGAAUCGCAUUACCAUCAAAUCCUUGAUUGUCAUUGAUGUCCAUGCCAAGGAUGUGGUGGAGGAACUGAUACGCCUGAAAAUCAACAGCGAAUACGAUUUCCAAUGGCUGGCCCAGUUGCGUUACUAUUGGGAAGAGGACGACAGCUGGGUGAGGAUCAUCAAUGCCACGGUACCCUAUGCCAAUGAGUAUUUGGGCAACUCAGAUCGUUUGGUCAUCACCCCCUUGACGGAUAGAUGUUAUCGCACCUUGGUGGGGGCCUAUCAGCUGCACUUGAAUGGAGCCCCCGAGGGUCCGGCGGGAACGGGCAAAACCGAAACAACCAAGGAUUUGGCCAAGGCUUUGGCUGUCCAAUGCAAGGUUUUCAAUUGUUCCGAUGGCCUCGACUACAAGGCCAUGGGUAAGUUUUUCAAGGGCCUGGCUUCGUGUGGUGCCUGGGCCUGUUUCGAUGAAUUUAAUCGCAUUGAACUGGAGGUACUGUCCGUGGUGGCCCAACAGAUUUUGUUAAUCAUCCAAGCGGUUCGGGCCAAGGCCGUUAAAUUUGUUUUCGAAAACACCGAAUUGACUUUAAAUCCGGCCUGUUAUGUCUGCAUAACCAUGAAUCCGGGCUAUGCUGGUCGCUCCGAGCUGCCGGAUAAUUUGAAAGUUCUUUUCCGUUCGGUGGCCAUGAUGGUGCCGGACUAUGCCAUGAUUGGUGAAAUCUCUUUGUAUUCCUAUGGUUUUGUGGAUGCCCGAAAAUUGGCCAUUAAAAUUGUCACCACCUAUCGCCUGUGUUCGGAACAAUUGUCCAUGCAGAAUCACUACGACUAUGGUAUGAGAGCGGUGAAAACGGUGCUUUCAGCCUGUGGUAACAUUAGAAAACAAUUUCCUCACGAGCUGGAGGAUAUUUUGCUGCUGCGCUCCCUCAUCGAUGUAAAUCUGCCGAAAUUCAUGUCCUUUGACAUACCUCUCUUUGAGGGUAUUAUUUCGGACAUAUUCCCAGGCAUAGAGUUGCCCUCUAUAGAUUAUAGCCUCAUUGAAGAGGAGUUUUAUCGGUUUUGUAAGGAAAUGGAUUUGGAACCGGCGGAGAGUUUCCUAACCAAGGUCAUACAGACCUAUGAAAUGAUAAUUGUGCGGCAUGGUUUUAUGUUGGUCGGAGAUCCCAUGGCGGGCAAGAGUAAAACCCUGGAGAUAUUGGCAAAGAUACUCUCAGCCUUAAAGUUAAAGGCCCCCGACAAGAGCCCCUACUAUCAGCAGGUGCAAAUGGGUAUUAUGAACCCCAAAUCGAUAACCAUGAAUCAGUUGUAUGGCUCCUUUGAUCCGGUGUCGUAUGAGUGGACCGAUGGUUUGGUGGCCAGGAUAUUUAGGGAAUUUGCCAUGACUCCAACGCCGGAUAGAAAAUGGGUCAUCUUUGAUGGUCCCGUAGAUGCCGUUUGGAUUGAAAACAUGAACACCGUUCUGGAUGACAACAAAAAGCUAUGCCUUACCUCUGGCGAAGUCAUAACCAUGACCAAGGAAAUGUCCAUGAUAUUUGAGGUAAUGGAUUUGUCUCAGGCCUCACCGGCCACGGUAUCUCGCUGUGGCAUGAUCUACAUGGAACCAGCCUCGUUGGGUUGGCAGGCCUUUGCCAAUUCUUGGCUGAAACGUGCCGACAAACGCUGGGCCGAUGAGGAGAAUUCGCCUUAUGUUUUGGCCUUGUUUUCAUGGCUCUUGGAACCGUGCCAGGAAUUUGUACGCAAACACUGCGUCCAGUAUCUGAAACCGGGAGAAUUUAAUCGCCUGCAGACCACCUUUGAUAUCUUUGAUAUGUGCCUGCACGAGGCCAUUGAAGAAAAUCCCGAAGAUUAUCCCAAAUAUUUAGCCAUGUAUUUUCAGGCAGCCAUUACCUAUGGCAUUGUCUGGGGUAUUGCUGGUAUUUUGGAUAAUCGAUCCAGGGAGAAGUUUGACAAGUUUUACAGGGAGCUGUGGACCAAUGAGGAAACAAUGCCCGAACUUAUUGGCAAAUUGGAUAUUUCAAUGCCCUUGGAGGGACUGCUGGUGGACUAUAUGUAUAUUUUCAAACAAAGAGGAUCUUGGCGUUCCUGGAAUGAUAUUGCCAAGAGGUUGGAUGUGGAGGAGACUUCGUUGGGGGUUCAAGUGCCAACUAUAGAUACGGCUCGUUAUAUGCAUUUAAUUAAAAUGCAUAUUGAGCACAAAAAGAAAAUUCUGCUGGUCGGACCCACCGGUACCGGAAAAACGGUUUACAUACAAAACUAUCUAAUGAACAAAUUGGAUGGAGAGGCCUAUGAGACGGCAUUUAUGACAUUUACGGUAAUGAUUUCGGCAAAUCAAACACAGGAUUUGCUGAUUUCCAAGCUACAAAAAUGGAAACGUGGCAUAUAUGGCGCCCCCAAAGGCAAACAGACCGUACUCUUUGUCGACGAUCUCAGCAUGCCCAUGAAAGAGGAAUAUGGCGCCCAACCUCCCUUGGAGUUGCUAAGGCAAUAUUUCGACUAUGGUCAUGUUUAUGAUUUACGCGACAGCACCAAGGUGUUUAUACACAAUUUGAUUUUUGUCAGUGCCUGUGGCUUGCCCGGCGGAAGUCGCCAAGAUGUCUAUGCUCGUUUUCUGAAUCAUUUCAAUAUUUUUUCCAUUGACACCUUCAGUGAUGAGACAAUGAAUCGGAUUUUUGUCAAUGUUCUGCUAAAUGGUUUGAGGAAGACGGGUCAUGGUAGUGAUGUCUUUGGCAUGGCCAAUGCCAUAGUCUCGGCUACGCAACACAUUUAUAAAUUGGUCCAGACAGAGAUGAGGGCCACACCGGCAAAGAGCCAUUAUAUUUUUAAUUUGCGAGAUAUAGCCCGAGUGGUGACAGGAUGUUCGCUGUUGCGCAAGGAAUCGGUGAGCGAUAAAAAGAUUUUUAUACGCCUGUGGUAUCAUGAGGCCAUGAGGAUAUUCUAUGACCGGCUGAUAGAUGAUGAUGAUCGCCGUUGGAUGUUCCAGAAGUUGAAUGAUUGUGUGCGGGUACAUUUCAAGGAGAAAUUGGAUGUGGCCUUGGAGCAGUACCACACAGAGUUACAAACCGGGGAUCGUAUCCUCACUAUGGAUGGGGCAAAUCGCAUAUUUUUUGGAGUCUAUUUCGAUGAAGACUCGGUGGCGGAUGAGCGACGUUACGAAGAGGUGGCCAAUAUUGAGAGUUUGUAUAAAUUUGCCCUAAGCAGUUUGGAGGAUUACAACUCGACGAGGAGGUCCAAGAUGGAUAUAACUUUGUUUACAUUUGCUUUGCAACAUUUGAAUCGUAUCUGCCGCAUAUUGUCCAUAAGUGGAGCCAGUGCCUUGCUGAUUGGUUUGGGCGGUUCGGGAAGACAGUCGCUCACCAAAUUGGCCACAAAUAUGGUACAGACCUCAUUUUUCCAACCGGAAAUCACCAAGAAUUAUGGUCCCAAUGAUUGGCAUGAUGAUUUGAAAAGUGUCCUAAAGGAGGCAGGGGGGAUGGACAAACAUACCGCUUUUCUGAUGACGGAGAAUCAAAUAAAAAUGGAAUUGUUUCUGCAGGAUAUUGAUUGCCUGCUGAAUCAGGGUGAGGUGCCGAAUAUCUAUGCCAUUGAUGAGAAACAAGAGAUCUUGGAAAUGGUACGUCUGGCGGCCCAGGGAGGAAAUAGGAACAUUGAUAUUUCACCCCUGCAGGUCUUUUCGUUUUUUGUGAAUCGCUGUAAACGAAAGCUACACAUAGUUUUGUGCCUCUCCCCCAUUGGAGAUAGUUUGAGGACCAGAGUGCGACUGUAUCCCUCCCUGGUGAAUUGCUGUACCAUAGAUUGGUAUCAAAGCUGGCCCGAAGAAGCUUUGCAAAUGAUUGCUAAAAUUUCCCUGGAAAAUGUCAGAGUACCCACGGAUGAUAUGAAACAAUCGAUUGUGGAGACAUGCCAAUAUUUCCACACCACAGCCGGCAAGGUAUCCCAGAGUUUCUGUGAACUAACCGGAAGACAUAUCUACCUUACCAAUGCCUCAUUUUUGGAGCUGAUACAAUCUUUUCAAACUGUUAUGGAACGCAAACAAAAAGAGGUCAUGGAUUCCAAGCUGCGUUACAUUGGUGGCUUGGACACCUUGGCCAGUGCUGCCGAGGCCAUUUCGGUGAUGCAAAAGGAAUUGAAUGCUUUGCAACCAAAACUCUUGGAUAUGGCAGAGAAUUCACGUAAAAUGAUGUUGGAAAUCAAUAGGGAAACCAUUGCUGCCCAGGCUGCUGCGGAACAGGUGAAAAAGGAUGAGGUGGUGGCCUCCAUACAGGCCGAGGCUGCCCAGGAAUUGAAAAAUGAAUGUGAAAAAGAUUUGGCCCAGGCCAUACCCGUACUCGAAGAGGCUCUACAGGCCUUGAAUACCCUGAAACCCACCGACAUUACCCUGGUCAAGUCCAUGAAAAAUCCUCCCUCCGUCAUCAAACUGGUAAUGGCAGCAGUUUGUGUCAUCAAGGGUAUACCCUCGGAUCGCAUUGCUGAUCCAGCCACCGGCAAAAUGGUCAAUGACUACUGGGGUCCCAGUAAACGUAUCCUGGGUGAUUUGAAUUUCCUGCAGUCGCUUAAAGAUUUCGACAAGGAUAACAUCAACCCUGAUAUUAUGAAAAAGAUACGCAAGGAUUUCAUACCCCACAAGGAUUUCAAUCCCAGCAUUGUGGCCAAGGCCUCCAGUGCUGCCAAGGGCCUAUGUCAAUGGAUAAUUGCCAUGGAUUUGUAUGACCAUGUGGCGAAAAUUGUGGCGCCCAAGAAGGCCAAAUUGGCUGCUGCCGAAAAGGAGUAUGCCGAUACCAUGACCUUUUUGAAUGAGAAACGAGAAUUGACAGCCAUGCUGGAGGCCAAGGUGGCCAAAUUAAAUGAAGAUUUGGAAAAGGCAAAUAUGGAAAUGAAGAGGACCCAAGAUGAGGCGGAUCUAUGUCAGGAUAAACUGACCAGGGCCAAGUCACUGAUUGAUGGUUUGGGCGGAGAAAAGUCACGCUGGACCAAGGCUGCCGAUGAUUUGCAGAUACUCUAUGACCAUUUGCCCGGUGACAUAUUGUUGUCGUGUGGCAUCAUUGCCUACCUCUCCACCAUGAAUUAUCAGUUUAGAACCACCUGUGUUCAGGAUUGGUAUGAGAAAUGUGUGGACAAAGAAAUUCCCGUCUCGGAAGGCUACAACAUCCUUAAGGCCUUGGGUGUGGAAAUACAAAUACAAAAUUGGAAUAUCAAUGGUCUGCCCAAUGAUAUUUUCUCCACCGAAAAUGCCAUUAUAUCAGCAAAUUCCAGUCGCUAUAGCCUUUUCAUUGAUCCCCAGGGUCAGGCGAACUAUUGGCUGAAAAAUAUGGAAAGGAAAAAUCGCCUGAGUUGUGUGAAAUUCAAUCAGGCAAAUUAUAUGAAGGUCAUAGCCGAGGCAAUGGAAUAUGGUUAUCCGGUGAUAAUUGAAAAUGUGCUGGAAGAGCUGGAGGUGCCACUGGAUCCAAUUCUGCUCAAGAAGACAUUUAUCCAGGGAGGGCAAAAGUUCAUAAGUCUGGGAGACAAUAUUGUGCCACUGCAUGCCCAUUUCCGUCUCUAUAUGACCUGUAACCUCAGGAAUCCCCACUUUCUACCGGAAACCUUUAAUAAGGUCACGAUCAUUAACUUCGCCCUGACACAAAAUGCCUUGGAGGACCAAUUGCUGAGUAUUGUGGUUGCCAAGGAGCGCCCAGAUUUACAGGAACUGCGGAUGACUCUGACGGCUGAGGCGGCCAAAAACAAAUCGGCUCUCAUUGAUGCCGAGAACAUGAUUUUGAAGACGUUAACGAGUUCAGAGGGUGACAUCUUGGAAAAUGAGGGAGCCAUACAAAUUCUGGGCGAAUCGCAGACCCUUUCCACCGACAUUGCUGCCAAACAAGAGGCCUCCGUAGAGACCACAGCCAAAAUUGAAGCUUUCCGCUUGAACUACAAACCAGUGGCCAUACACUCCUCGAUACUCUAUUAUUCCAUAACAGAUCUGCCCAACAUAGAUCCCAUGUAUCAGUUCUCCCUGAGCUGGUACAUCAAUCUCUAUAUUUAUUCCAUUGAGACGGCAAAUAAAUCCAAAGAUCUCCCAAGGCGCAUAAAAUUCCUUGUGGAUGCGGUUAGUAAAAAUCUGUACAACACCGUCUGUCGUUCCAUAUUUGAAAAGGAUAAACUACUCUUCUCCUUUAUCCUGUGUACCCGAAUCCUUAUUGGCAACAAUCAAAUACAAAUGCGACAUCUAUCACAUCUCCUGACCUCGGCCAAGGAAACGGUUAGUCAAAUACCCAAUCCAGAUCCUGGCUGGAUAAAUGAAAAUCUUUGGUCGAAUAUUUUGCGCUUGGAAGAGUUUCCCGAACUCAAGGGUAUAGUUGCAUCAUUUAGAUCCAAUACAGCGGCAUGGAAAAGGAUAUAUGAUCACGCCGAACCUGAACUACAACCCCUACCCGAUGGUUGGCAGAAUCGUACCACACGCUUUGAAAAGAUCAUUGUUUUGAAAUGCUUACGACCAGAUAAGGUGUUUUUGGCCAUUCGUAAUUUUAUUGCCGCCGAAAUUGGUCCGCAAUUUGUUUCACCUCCCGAGUUUGACAUAAGCAAGUCCUACAUAGAAUCCACCGCCCUGACGCCAUUGAUUUUCAUACUCUCACCUGGAGCAGAUCCAUUGGGUUCUUUGCUCUCAUUUGCCGAGAAAAUGGGUCAUGAUGAAAAUUUCCAAAGUAUCUCCUUGGGUCAAGGCCAGGGACCCAUUGCCCAAAAUCUGAUUAAAAAUGCCCAAGAAUUGGGUCACUGGGUUUGCCUGCAGAAUUGUCACUUGGCCGCUUCAUGGAUGCCCAAAUUGGAAUACCUGUGGGAGAAUAUGGACACAUUUAAUACGUCACCUUCAUUCCGCCUAUGGCUUACCAGCUAUCCAACACCGCAAUUCCCGGUGGCCUUGCUCCAAAACGGUGUCAAGAUGACAAAUGAACCACCCACUGGACUGAAGGAGAACAUAAUGCGUUCAUAUAACUCGGAACCGAUAAAUGAUCCAACAUUUUAUACCGGAGUGGGGAAACAGGAUCGUGCCUUUACUCGUUUACUGUUUGGCAUAUGUUUCUUUCAUGCUGUCGUCCAGGAGCGACGUAAAUAUGGACCUCUUGGUUGGAAUAUUUCCUAUGGUUUCAAUGAGUCCGAUUUGCAAAUAUCUGUACUGCAGCUGAGUAUGCUGCUGAACCAAUACGACCAUGUUCCCUAUGAUGCCAUUGGAUAUCUGACGGCUGAGUGUAAUUAUGGUGGUCGUGUCACCGAUACCUGGGAUCGUCGGGCAAUUGUCACAAUUCUAGCCGAUUAUGUUAAUCACGAGGUGGUCACCGACAAUCGCUAUAAAUUUGCCACCGACGACAGUUUCACAGUGCCGCGAAAAACCGAGCACCGGGAAAUUUUACGUUACGUCGAUGAAAAUUAUCCCAGCCUGGCGGCACCCGAAGUUUAUGGUCUGCACGCCAAUUCGGGUAUAACACGAGAUUUACAAACUACCAAAACCCUAAUGGAUUCGAUGAUUUUGAUAUUGGGCAGUGAGGUUACUUCCGGUGGUGGUGGCUCACAAAAUGCCGAUCAACAGUUGUUGGAAACGGUGAGAGACAUUGUCUCCAAUAUGCCGGACAAUAUGGAUGUUGAGGGGGCCAAGAAGAAAUACCCCGUGGAUUAUAAUGAAUCUAUGAACACGGUUAUUACUCAGGAAAUGGAGAGAUUUUUGAAACUGCAAUUGGAGAUUCGGACAUCAUGUCGCGACAUUGAGCAAGCGGUGCAUGGUAUUAUUGUUAUGACCCCAGAAUUGGAAGGUGUUAUCAAUGCCAUCAAAUUGAAUCGCAUACCGGCCAAGUGGAUGAAGAAAUCAUAUCCAAGUUUGAAACCCUUGGCCUCGUACAUACAGGAUUUGUUUAAGAGGCUUAAUUGGUUGCAUGAUUGGCACCACAACAACAAACCACCCACCUUUUGGAUAUCAGGAUUCUUCUUCACCCAGGCCUUUCUCACGGGAGCCAUGCAAAAUUAUGCCCGAAAAUAUAAAAUACCCAUUGACACGCUGACCUUUGACCACCAGGUGUUGGAUGUUGAACAUCGAAAUGAACCGCCGGAUGAUGGUGUCUAUAUCAAUGGCCUCUUUCUGGAGGGGGCUCGUUGGAAUUGGCAAGAGAAGGUCCUGGAUGAACAACUGCCCAAAGUAUUGAUCUAUCCAAUGCCAGCAAUUUAUCUGAUACCCACCACAAUUUAUGAUCUCAAGGCGGGCAAUCGUUAUAAGAGUCCUCUCUACAAGACUGCCGAACGUAAGGGAACUCUAUCCACCACUGGUCACUCAACGAAUUAUGUUAUUCCGGUAUUUUUGAAUACGAACAUAAAACCGUCACAUUGGGUGAAAAGAAGUGCUGCCCUGAUAUGUCAAACAAGUGAUUAGAGCGAGAGAUGAAAGAGACUGAAGAGAGGAAUUCAAAAAAAAAAAAUACGAUCUUUUUUUUAUAUACAUACGCACUUACAAAUAUAUCAUUUUUAAUAUUU